GGCGGUGACUAAUCAUGCUUUGUGAUGUAGGCAAGUGUCGGUCUCAGAAAUCGAAUAAUUCACUCGGGCUGCCGCUUCAGCGCAGAAUGAAGACCUUAGUAGUGUUCGACUUCGAUCACACUAUAGUGGAUGACAACAGCGACACAUGGGUGCUCCGCUCCGCUCCCGAGCAGACGCUACCGGACUGGCUGAAGAAGUCAUACCAGAAAGGCCUCUGGACCGAGUAUAUGGCUCGAGUCUUGACCUACAUCGGAGAGCAGUCUGUCCGGCCGGAGCACAUGCGCGCGGUCAUGGAGAGCAUCCCGUUCACCGACGGCAUGCUCGAGCUCCUGACCUUCAUAUCUGAGAAUAAGAAAGACAUCGACUGCAUCAUAAUCUCCGAUUCCAACAGUGUCUUCAUAGACUGGGUUUUGCAUGCAUCAGGGGUGAAGUCUGCUGUGGAUGACGUCUUCACCAACCCUGCCAGCAUCGAUGCGCGCGGCUAUAUGAGUGUGCGCUGCUUUCACGCGCAUGACUGUCAGCAAUGUCCCGUAAACAUGUGCAAGAGGAGGGUGCUGCAAGACUUCAGAGAGAAGCAAGCUAAGGCUGAUGUGCAUUAUGAGAGGAUCUGCUAUAUAGGAGAUGGAGGAAAUGACUUUUGCCCCGUUCGAGAAUUGAAAGAAGGGGAUAUUGCAAUGCCUAGGAAAGGAUUCACCCUAGAGAAACUGUUGCGCAAAGCCAUUUCAGAGGAUUCAGACGCACUGCAUGCGAAAAUCAUGCCAUGGACUAGUGGCAAUGAAAUCCUCAGGGAAUUAACAGCUCUGAUUGAGUAAUAUAUUAUUAUAGACAAUAUUGUGACAAACUACAGACUCACUGAACUAGUAGAAUAUCACAUGUUUAUUCUGCACUAAAUGCAUCAUGUGCAAUCCUAUUAUAGCUCAUUUCUCCCUUAAAUCUACUUGAUAAACUGAUUUGGGCAUGGUGUAAUAUCUGUCAGAAUUAAGUUUAUGUUUUGGUUUCAUUGCACAUUUUAAAAUGUAAUGUUUUUAACAGUUUUACAUAUUAUUGUUUUGACAGUGAUUUGAAUCUUUUUGAGAUUUACAUAAUAAAAUAAGCUCACCGUCUGAAUUUAUUUAACAAUAAUUUAACAGUUUGGGGUGCUUAAUAUUUAGGUUUGCUGCAGAACAUUAAAAUGAACAAAUGUAAAUGCUGGCAAAAUAUUUAUUCAAAAAUCUGCAUGAUGAAAAUCCUAUCUAUAAUUCUAUGCCGAUGAAUACCAUUAUUGUCAUGUCGUAAGAAGUAAAGCAGCAUGACUGUGACCCUAAUCUUUAACGCUGCAGUUUGGAAAUGAAAAUAGUUUAAUAUUUCAAUGCAGAAGAUAUAAAACGAACCAUAUUAUUAUUAUUAUUAGAAACCCUAAUCUGCAUGUUAGCACCAUAUUCGCAUAAA